ACUGCUACUUCUGUACAUCUACUGAUAAGUUUUACAUGAAAGUUAUUUGCUUUUCAGAGUGUAAAAAAUGGAUUUGGCCAACCAUGGACUUAUUCUGCUGCAGCAGCUAAAUGCUCAAAGAGAGUUUGGUUUCCUGUGUGACUGCACAGUUGCUAUUGGUGAUGUCUACUUCAAGGCACACAAAUCUGUCCUUGCUUCUUUCUCCAACUACUUUAAGAUGUUGUUUGUUCAUCAAACCAGUGAAUGCGUCCGUUUGAAAGCAACUGACAUACAGCCAGAUAUCUUCAGUUAUCUCUUGCAUUUGAUGUACACUGGGAAGAUGGCCCCGCAACUCAUUGACCCAGUUCGACUAGAACAGGGAAUAAAGUUUCUGCAUGCAUAUCCACUAAUUCAAGAGGCCAGCCUCGCAAGUCAGGGAACUUUUUCCCACCCGGAUCAAGUUUUUCCAUUAGCAUCCUCAUUAUAUGGCAUUCAGAUUGCAGAUCACCAGAUAAGACAUCCCAGUAAGGUUACAUCAGCAUCUGACAAACUCGGGCGGGAACCAAGGCCCCAGACCUCACGGAUGAACCCGGAGCAGGUUUCCGAGGGCUCGCAGCUGGCUACGACGCUGCCACAAGUGACCCGGACAAACAUGACCGCGUCCGACCCGUUGCCAUCAUCUUUAUCUCCAGAGCUGGUGUCUGCCGCUGGCAAUAACUCGCCCACGGGAGAGGAGGCCAACAUGGAAGCGUCUUCCUCGGACGAGCAGCCCUCGCUCACAAUAGCGCACGUCAAGCCAAGCAUCAUGAAAAGGAACGGAAGCUUCCCAAACCUGCGCAGCAGCUUGCGCGAGCACCUCCAGAUCCACACCGGGGUUCCCUUCACCUCCUCCCAGCAGGGGGAAAGCAACAUUUCUCUGUCUCUCUGCAACAACACAGCCGAUAAAGACGCCAUGGAAGUGCCUGAAGCCGGAAUGAUCAGCGACAGCGAGCUGCAGCAGAUCUCGGACUCGCCGAUCAUCGACGGGCAGCAGCAGUCGGAGACGCCGCCCCCCUCAGACAUUGCCGACAUAGACAACCUGGAGCAGGCCGACCAGGAGAGGGAAGUGAAACGGCGGAAAUACGAAUGUUCCAUUUGCGGCCGCAAAUUUAUUCAGAAAAGCCACUGGAGGGAGCACAUGUACAUCCACACCGGCAAACCUUUCAAGUGCAGCACUUGCGACAAAAGCUUCUGUAGGGCGAACCAGGCUGCCAGGCACGUGUGCCUAAACCAGAGCAUGGACACGUACACGAUGGUGGACAAACAGACGCUGGAGCUCUGCACCUUUGAGGAAGGCAGCCAAAUGGACAACAUGCUGGUGCCGACCAACAAGCCCUACAAAUGUAACUUGUGUGACAAAACGUUCUCCACUCCCAAUGAAGUAGUUAAACAUUCGUGCCAAAAUCAGAACUCUGUUUUUACUCUAGAGGAAGAUCGCUCCAUUCUACUAGGUAGCGGGGACACGGAAGCCACAGAGACUGAGAAUUCAGUGUUAGCCUCCAUCAAAAAGGAGCAGGAAGCAGUGUUGUUAGACUGAAUGUGAAGCCUAUAUCAAUUUUUAAAGUUUCUUUAUUCGUUUUUAUUAAACCGAUUUCUCCCUCCCCUCUAUUACCUCACUUUCCUCCUGCCAUCUUUUCCACCAUUCUCCUGACCACCCUUUGUCUUCAGCAACCAGAACUGUACUGGCACAUUAGGAAAUUGGACUUUGCCUCUCCCACCAAAACAAACAAAAAGCUCUUGCAUCACACAACAUAAUUGAUUUUAAUACAAAGGAACGCAUGAAAAAUAACUCAGCAAACUAUGUUGAUAGUAUUAGUUAAUCUAAAUUUAAUAGAUUUUAAACAAAGUUUAGGUUACUUAAAAGCAUAUUUAGAUACAAUGAUGAGUGUA